GUUGAAGGAGAAUCCAUCAACUCCCCCUUCCCAGUAGAGUGUUCCUGAUGGGUGUAACAGGCGUAACUACCAGGAACACGUGCACAUUGGUACACAUGUGUUGCUCCAUUGCUGCCGACCAAAGAUAUCGCGAAGCUGUGCGAAGCCGUUCCUCCGGACUUAGCGGACCUGAUUCGGAAAUGCCCAUGUAUUUUCCUGGAUGACAUGCCAGCUGGACUCCCGCUGAGGCGACCAGAAGACCACCGCAUCAAACUGGAACCAGGCGCCCAACCGAGGGUACAGCGACAAUUUCGGCUCAGCCAACUAGACCUGGAAGAAUUACAGCAGCAGCUGGAUAACCUUCUGACAAAGGGAUUUAUCUGGCCCAGCACGUCACCAUACGCCGCCCCCAUACUGUUCAUGCCGAAGAAGGAUGGAGGAUUCAGAAUGUGUAUCGACUACUGCGCGCUCAACCGGAUCACCAUCAAGUCGCGCUACCCGAUCCCGCGAGCCGACCAACUUCUCGACCUUCUUCGCGGCGCCAAGUUUUUUCUCGAAAAUCGACUUGCGAUGAGGUUACCAUCAGAUUCGCGUCGUCGUCGAGGAUUGUCACACGACGGCAUUUCGAAUCCACUACGGCAGCUACGAGUACCUGGUCUUGCCUUUUGGCCUCACGAACGUGCCCUCGACAUUCCAAAUGACCACGAACGGCAUUUUCAAGGAACUCUUGGACAGAUGCGUCAUCAUCUAUCUUGACGAUAUACUAAUCUACAGCCGCAAC